AUGGCUUCAACUACACUAGGCACUUCUUCAAUUGCGUUUCUUCCUUCACGCUACCUUUCUUCCCCUUCCUCCAACCCUUCCAUUCACACACUCUCUCUAACCUCAGGGCAAAGCUGUGGUAGGAAGUUUUGUGGAGGAAUUGGAAUUAAUGGCACAAUGGGAAAGUCUCGGUUUCCUGUUGUCAAUGUUGCUACUGAAGUUAACUCUGUAGAACAGGGUCUGAAUACUAUUGCUAAAGAAAGCCAGAGGCCAGUGUACCCUUUUGCUGCUAUAGUUGGACAGGAUGAGAUGAAGCUUUGCCUUCUCCUUAACGUGAUCGAUCCUAAGAUCGGAGGUGUAAUGAUAAUGGGGGAUAGAGGAACAGGAAAGUCCACAACGGUUAGGUCAUUGGUCGAUUUACUUCCCGAAAUCAAAGUUGUUUUUGGUGAUCCAUAUAACUCAGACCCAGAAGAUCCAGAAGUCAUGGGAAUCGAAGUGCGAGACCGAGUAAUAAAAGGGGAGCAACUUUCCAUUGUGUUGAGCAAAAUUAACAUGGUUGAUUUGCCAUUAGGAGCUACAGAAGAUAGGGUUUGUGGAACAAUAGAUAUCGAAAAAGCUCUCACUGAGGGUGUUAAGGCAUUUGAGCCUGGACUACUAGCUAAAGCUAAUAGAGGAAUCUUAUAUGUGGAUGAAGUUAAUCUUUUGGAUGAUCAUUUAGUUGAUGUGUUGUUGGAUUCUGCUGCAUCAGAAGGGGAGCUCAGGCCACAACUGCUUGAUAGGUUUGGAAUGCAUGCUCAAGUGGGCACUGUUAGAGAUGCUGAACUGAGAGUAAAGAUUGUGGAAGAGAGAGCUAGGUUCGACAAGAACCCGAAGGAAUUUCGAGAGACUUACAAAGCCGAGCAAGAGAAGCUCACGGAACAAAUCACCUCAGCAAGGAGUUUACUUUCUUCAGUUCAAAUCGAUCAAGAUCUGAAGGUGAAAAUCUCGAGGGUGUGUGCAGAGUUGAACGUGGAUGGAUUGAGAGGAGACAUUGUAUCAAAUAGAGCUGCUAAAGCUUUGGCUGCUUUGAAGGGAAGAGACAAAGUGAGUGUAGAGGAUAUUGCUACUGUCAUUCCUAACUGCUUGAGACACCGUCUUCGAAAGGAUCCUUUGGAGUCGAUAGACUCGGGUUUACUCGUCACCGAGAAAUUUUAUGAAAUAUUCAGCUGA